AACCAAAGUCUAACACUCUGCACUCUGCACUCUGCUAUAAGUUUCUAACAUGUAUGCGCACAAGAAAAAAUAAACAUGCUUCACACUAUCAAGACGGUUCUGACGUAUUCACCUGCGGCUUCAUCAGUACCACGAUCUCUCUCUUGCAACCGUGGUCGGGAAGUUUCUGUCGUUAGAUUUUGUACCCGCCCAGAAGCAGAAACUGGUCAUAGUGAUCAUAACAUGGACAAGAAGAAAGAUCAGAACCCAAGCGAGGAAGCUGCUGCAACUACCGAUCACGGGGAUGUGAUGUCUCAUCCGUUUGGGGAAGCGUAUGCUACGAGGUGCGAUGAAGAAGGAUUUGGAGGAACUUACGGUGGGAACCAAUCUCUUCCCAAGACUGAGACGGAUAAGUUCAUCCAUGAAAACCACCCAGGUUAUGACAAGACGCAGGGGAGUGAGGUGAAGGAGAAGGAAAAAGGGAGGCAUCAACCUAGCGCCAACUCCUAGUUUAUUCAUCUUUUUUGUACUUCAAGCUUCUAUUUUCAUGUUUCGAGCUCUCCUCGACUUGGCUUCUUUUCUUGCUCUGCUUUCUCUUUUAAUUAUAGAGUUAUGUGUACAUUGUCAAAUAAAAUAUAGGUUGGAAUAUAAAUAAAUAUUAAAAAUAAAUUAAAUCAUGUAUUUAUACACUAAUAUGUUAGCGGUUGAUUUUUGUAGUCGAUUUUGAUUUACAAAUAACAUUUUAUGAGCAUAAAUUAAUGGACUGUUAUCUUCUGUA